CUCUCAUCUCUCUCCAUUCUCUCAUUUUUCUCUCUCUACAAAAUUUCUUCCAACUUUAGGGCAUGGGAGAUGUUGGGGAAUUGAAGCUUCAAUUUGGUGAAGACGAGAAAGCGAGCCCGAAAAAGCAAACGAGCUCCAUUAACCUAAGCCAACCGAGAAGAAGCCCAAGAAUCGAAGUAAAUUACAAAAGAUGGCUAAGAAUUGGUGUUUACACGGGGCUGCUCAUUGCAGGCCAAUCAGUGGGAACUAUGCUUGGGAGGCUCUACUUUGACAAAGGUGGCAAAAGCAAAUGGUUGGCAACUCUAGUUACAUUGAUAGGCUUUCCCAUUCUCCUCCCACUCUACAUGAUAAAAUCACCCAAAACCCCAUCCUCAAACAUCACCCUCCAAUCAAACCCACCCACGGCUACAAAACUUGCCUUUGUCUAUGUCUCUCUCGGUCUCCUUGUUGCCAUUGGUUGCUUUCUUUACUCCGUGGGCCUCAUGUACCUUCCUGUGUCGACCUACUCCCUCAUUUGUGCCUCACAAUUGGCCUUCAAUGCCUUCUUUUCUUACUUCCUUAACUCCCUUAUCUUCACCCCAUUCAUCCUCAAUUCUCUUGUUCUUCUCACUAUCUCCUCCUCUCUCCUCAUGUUUCAACCCGAACCCGUCUCCGACAGAGGCCCUAACCACCUUGCUUCUCGAGCUAAGUUCAUUACAGGAUUUGUUUGCACGGUGGCGGCCUCGGCCGGGUACGGGUUGAUGUUGUCAUUAACCCAACUAGCCUUCAAGAAAGUCAUAAAAAAGGAGACUUUCAAGGCAGUUAUGGACAUGAUAAUUUACCAAUCAAUUGUUUCAAGCUCAGCCAUAUUGAUAGGCUUCUUUGCAAGUGGGGAAUGGAGAAGUUUGAAGAGGGAAAUGGAUGGGUUCCAUUUGGGUAAGGCUUCGUACGUAAUGACUUUGGUUUGGACAGCCAUAAGCUGGCAGCUUUUCUCGGUUGGCUGCGUGGGCCUCAUUUUUGAGGUUUCUUCCCUCUUUUCCAACGCCAUUAGCGCUUUGGGUUUGCCCAUUGUGCCUGUUUUUGCUGUCCUUUUCUUUCAUGACAAAAUGGAUGGCAUCAAAAUUGUGUCCAUGAUUUUGGCUGUGUGGGGGUUUGUUUCUUAUGGUUAUCAGAAUUAUCUUGAUGAUUUGAACGAAUCCUCUACAGUUGAAAGAGAUUCGUGAAUGAAUAUGAUAUGGUUAGUUUAA